GCUCUCUGUCUGAGGGGGCGGAGGGAAGGGCCGGCUCCUCCCGAGACCCGGCCCCUCGUCCUUCGGAGCCUGAGAGAGAGACAGAGAAAUGGCGGCUGGGACGAGCUGAGGGAAAAGGAGACGGGCAAAAACAGCACCCAGAGGCACCAGGCCUGCGCGCUUCUGAGGCCUCCUCCUGCCUUUUCCUUCAGGGCCGGCCAUGAGACUCCUGAGGGCGCUGCUGCGGAGCGUCUCUCCAGCCACCAUCCCUCAGCAGGUGGACUUCUACUGCCGCUUCUCCCCGUCGCCGCUUUCCAUGAAGCAGUUCCUCGAUUUCGGAUCUGAUAAUGCUUGUGAGAAGACUUCUUUUAUGUUUCUGCGACAAGAGUUGCCUGUAAGAUUGGCAAACAUUAUGAAAGAAAUAAGUUUGCUUCCAGAUAACCUUCUGAAAACACCUUCAGUUCAACUUGUUCAAAGUUGGUAUGUUCAAAGUCUUCAGGAAAUUCUUGAUUUUAAAGACAAAAGUGCUGAAGAUUCAGAAGCUGUUUCUUGUUUUACAGAUACUGUGAUAACAAUACGGAACCGUCACAAUGAUGUUAUUCCUACUAUGGCUCAGGGUGUGAUAGAAUAUAAGGACCACUAUGGUGUCGAUCCAGUGACCAGUCAGAAUGUACAGUAUUUUUUGGACCGUUUCUUUAUGAGCCGCAUUUCAAUCAGAAUGCUUCUUAAUCAGCACACUUUGUUGUUUGGGGGGAAAAUAAAAGAUAACCCAGCCCAUCCAAAACACAUUGGAAGCAUUGAUCCAAAGUGCAGUGUUGUUGAAGUUAUACAAGAUGGCUAUGAAAAUGCCAAGACACUCUGUGAUUUGUAUUAUAUGAGCUGUCCAGAACUUGUGCUUGAAGAACAAAAUGGUAAGCAUGUCAAGUCACCAGGGCAGCCCAUGCAGGUGGUGUAUGUACCAUCACAUCUCUACUACAUGGUAUUUGAACUUUUCAAGAAUGCAAUGAGGGCGACUAUGGAACAUCAUGCCGAUCGUGGUAUUUACCCUCCAAUCCAUGUGCAUGUCACAUUAGGCAAUGAGGAUUUGACUGUGAAGAUAUGUGAUCGUGGUGGUGGUGUUCCUUUAAGAAAAAUUGAUCGCCUGUUUAACUACAUGUAUUCAACUGCUCCACGCCCUCGUGUUGAGACAUCACGGGCAACACCUUUGGCUGGAUUUGGCUAUGGGUUACCUAUAUCACGUUUGUAUGCCCAGUACUUCCAAGGAGAUCUGAAGCUCUAUUCUCUAGAGGGUUAUGGCACUGAUGCUGUUAUCUUCAUAAAGGCUUUAUCAACAGAAUCUGUUGAAAGACUACCUGUCUAUAACAAAUCAGCCUGGAGACAUUACACAGCAAAUCAUGAAGCCGAUGACUGGUGCAUCCCCAGCAGUGAACCAAAAGACAUGACUACAUUCCGCAGCGUAUAGCAGGAUAGGGUGGAUGUGCCAACCUGAAGACGAACUUUAGUACAGCAGUUCAUGCGGUACUGUGUGAAUAGGGCUUAAUCCAUUACAUCAGUAAUAUUUAGUUUUUGGGAAGCAGUGAUUUCCACACAAUAGGAGUUAGAAAACUAUAUUUUUGUUUUAGAAAAUAGUGCAGGUUUCAUUUUGAAAUUGAAUAUUCUACAUGUAUUCCAACCCUUCUAAAUUGCUUCAGUAGAUGAAUCUGGCGCUCACCAUCUAGAUUAGAUACAAAAAGACCAGUGAUAAGUUUUUCAAAUAUUAUACUAUUUAACUACCAAAAAUUCUAAUGAAACGUUAAUGAGUAUUUUGUAAACCACCUCUGAAAUUUAAUUGCACUAGCACAGCACUUUCUUCUGAAAAACUCAAAAAGUGCUUUACAAUGAGAGAUUUUAAUAAUUGCCAUCCAUUUUGUCAUUAGGUAUUUCUUGGAAUCAGUUUCUUCUUUUUAGUAUUAGCCAACAACUUCGUUUGGCUUUAAAAUCUGUAUACGUUCCAGCUAAAAUUAGGAGUGUUCAGUCUCAUUAAUUUUAAUUGGAAGGUUAAAUAUGGCCAGAUCCCUGUUGGGCAGUCAUGAAUGUGCAGAUCUACAUACUCUUGAUUGUUUCAUAUUCAUGAUUCCUCCAUAGUCCCUAGGGACCUUGAAAAUCCCCAGGAACAGUUCAGCAGCCAUUGCAAUCAAUGGGAGUCUGUUUCCUUGAUUGAUUGGGAAGCAGCUGGUUGUAUUUAUUGUCUGUUAUAUCAGAUAUUGCUCAUGAGAAGGGGGUGACAAUGUCAUCAGCUGCUUCUCAAGUGAUAAGAGGAACAGAUCCCCAUUGAUUGUAGUGAUUGCCGCCUGAUUUAGGGAGAGCGAUCAGGAUGAGAAUCACUAUAGCACCAUAACUACAUAUUUUAAACUCCUAUAGGAUUUCAACCUAUAGAUUUAAAUUUCUAUCACUAAAAUCCACAUUAAUGGUAUUUUAUGUAGAGCCACAAAUUAUAGACAUUUUCAUCUGGAAUUCCAGAAUUGAAAAACAGGACCCAAUCCAGCCAAAAUUAUGAGUUGUGAACUUUAGCUUGAUCAGGUCCUGUUUUCCACCUCAAGAAUUCCAGAUGAAAAUGUCUAUAAUUUGUGGCUUUACAUAAAAUAUCAUGAAAUACCUAUUUUUUUAUAGUAUUUGCUUCUGUAGAGCUUGCCCAGUUGAAACUUUCCCUUCAGCAGCUAUGAAUAUGCAGAAACACUUAUAACCACUGAUGAUCGCACCUUGAACGGUGAAAUCAUCAUGUAAAUUUAGUGGUAUUUCUACCUAACUGGUUAUAAAUUACAACUUUUCUCUAUCUGUUAUAGAGGUUUUUAAAGUACUUCUGUUUUUACUGAGCUUGCUACCACUUUCAGAAAACUCAGGAAUACACUGAUUAAAACCUUGCCAAUCUCUAAAUUGAAUGACACUAAAACUUGCACUAAUUUUUGCAAAAUACAACACGUUUUAAGUUGUUAAGACAGUUUGGUCACUAUGGACAACAUGCUUUGAUAUCUGCUUGAAAUAGGUUAGUUUCUUUGUAUGUACAUUUACACUGUUUCUCUUAAAAUACUGGUUACAGCUUAUUUUUCCUUUAAAAUUGGAUGCUAUUUCAUCUCUAAAUUAUUUUAAGAAAUCAUCUUGCUUUAGCUUAUUGCUUUCAUACUUACUAAACACUUUGCUUAUGCGCUCCCAGUCUCCUUCCAGGUAAGCUAAAGUACUAAUAUUAAAUCAGCUCCUUUCCAUUGAGUUCAGUAGAAUUCUGAUAUUUGGCAGUUUAUUAUUAUUGUCAUAGUGACAGAGCACAAUCCUCUGUGUCUAAUCAGAAGUGGGGCUUCCAGGCGGGUAAGGGAUUUUAGGCUACAUAUGGCAGUCCUAAAGUGUGUUCCAAGACAAUACCACACAUGGAAUGCAGUGAGGCUUAUGCAUGUGCACAAGGUUGUAAUCUGUCAAGUGAAUCUAAUUACAGAACUGCAAAAAUGGAAAUUAAGCAUAAAACAUAACAAUUGUAAUUGCUGACAAGACAGUCAGUGCAAGGGGUAUAUAAAAUUUACAAGCCCAGCUACAAAUCUGUAAAGCUAAUUAUGUUGUGGCAUGUUGCUGUACAGUGAUUAUAUUCAUAAUCGCUCUCAGCUUGACACAUAUAAAAUCUCAGGUCCUGCAAAUCUUUCUCAGGUACAGUACUUCUGUCCAGCAAUGUGAUAAUCAAGAUGGAGAAGAACCCUACGACUCUUCCUCUUCUUUUCUCCCAGGCCCUCUUGCUGCUCACAAAUGACGUUUAACUAGCUUUAAUUCAUCUCCACAAUUGAAGUGAUUGACUUUAUCACUGAUUGCUGGCAUGUCCUUAAAGAAAUAAAGAAUGUAAUUUUACCUAGUUUGCACUAACGGAGUAGCUACACUGAAUCAGUAGGAACUUGGAAGGCAACGUUUCCGAGAUUGAUGGGUCUACUUCAGUAGGCCACAAAGGUAUAUUCAGAGUAGUGUCUUAGGCCAUGUUCUUGAAAACAUUUUAUUUAUGUGAAACAACCCAUUGGAGAGAGACAGUAGUGCCAAAUGACGUGUUUAGGUCUGUGAAAAUGGACAGGGGAGACAGAACUGCAGAACAGUUUCUUAUGCUUUGGGAUCCAUUACAUUGUUUGAGAUCCACCUACAUAAAUAAAAAGGAGAAUGGGUUUAGUAAUAGAGGUUGGAAACCUCUUGCUGCACAGCAUUGAUGUUUGCAUUGUUUCCUCAUGUAGCAGUGGUAAGGGAAGGCCUGCUUAAAGCUCCCUGUUUCUCCAACUCAUUGCUUCCUUCACCAUUACUGUACUUGCAUUCUUUUUCCUUCUGCCACUACUUUAUACACUGCUGUAAUUGUGGUGUUGUGCAUUGACAAAAUUCUGCCUCAAAUAUGUUUUGCAGAAUGAGUUUCCCUUUAUUCCAAGAUCAAUUUUUUGAUAUGCUCAAUAAUUUAAUCAUUUUGAGAUGAAGUGAAGGAGAUGGAUUUGCCAUCCAGAAUGAAAAGUACAGUUUCAGCAUUUAUAAUUAAGUUUCUAACCCUCCUCUAUUGAAUGCAGUGUUAUCUUAAGUUUGAAAAUAAUAUGGACAGUCUCAAAAUGAACCCUGCAACAUUUGCAUUGAUAUUUAGAUAUACAUUGUUCUAGCUAGAUCAAGAUAUCAACAAUAAUUACUGGAAAUUAUACUGUAAGUCAUAGAUUUAAUAAUUCCGGGCAUUUAUUUGCUGUUAUUUUGAAGUUUGAUCCAAAUAAUACAGUAUUUCAGAAAAUAUAACUCAUAAUGCACCUUUAUAUGUAUUCACUUGCUGCUAGUACUAAGACUAAAUUUCAAAAUUUGCUUAUGGCUGGAAGAGUACAACGGAAACUUAAAGCAGACGUUUUGUAAAUUUUAAUCUUCUGUGAAAAUAAUUUUGGUUUGCAAUAUGGAUUAUAGUGAUUUUUGUAAAAAUAAAGUAAGCAUUUUUAAAAAGCAAAA